UCUACAUAGGGGUGUUACUUUCUUAAGCAAACACCAGAUUUACAUGCCAUAAAAGACAUGAUUCUGUCAUAAACUUAAAUGCACCAUGAUUGGCAAGCAUGAAAUUUAGGGUCUGAAAAUACAGCAUGCCCUGUUAUGGUGUUGCUGUUGUCAUAAAUGCCAUGCCUCAUAAGAUCUUUAAAUAGGCUUCCUUGCUUUGUAUCAUUGAACCACCAUUUCCAACAUCAUCAAAUGGCUUCUGUUCCUUGUUAUACUCUCUUCUUUUCUUCACCAGUCAUCUCCGUCUUCCUUUUCACCAAUCCUGUCUCUACAGUGGAUCCUCAAACGUAACAAGUACAACUAAUUGAUAAGGUCUAUCAACAGAUGGAGGACUAUGGAUUCUGCAAUAAAACUUUCACUGCCAACCUCAAAUCCCCAUUAACAGACCUUGCUGGGUUGACACAGUCAACAAUUGAGCUAACUGCACAAAAUGCAUCCAAUGAUUUUGUGUAUUCCCAGUCAAUCCCUGAAAAUGCAACUGAUCCAGAUGUGAAAAAAGUGCUUACGGAAUGUGUAAAGGAUUACAACUUGAUUAUGCAGUUUUUCACUCAGGCUAUGAGGUCCUUUGCAUUCCGAGAUUACAAAGGCAUGCUUAAUUAUGAGCUGCCUAAUUCAAGAUUAGUAGCUUUAUGCAAGGAGGCUUUCAAUUCUGCUAAGCCUGGUCCUGUCAAUAUCACCUACUUAACUGAAAGGAACAGACAACUUCGGAUUCUCAUUGCCAUGUCUGUUGUCACCGGACAUUAUCGUCUGUCACAGUAGUAUAAUUCCUUGGAUUUCUGUUGUUUUGGCAUUGUCAUAUGCCUAUGACAUGUAAAG